AACAAUUCCACCAAAAUCAGCUGGUUCGUACAAAUCAGCGGUGGCUGUUAAUGGUGAUAGCGCGGCGGCCGGACUCACAAUGGAAGACGGUAGCGCAACGGCACGCAGAGUGAUGGUGGUGGCCGACGGCAGCCGCGAGUCGACCACAGCGCUGCAGUAUGCCCUCUCGCACGCCCUCAUGGACAACGACACCUUGAUCCUCCUCCACGUCGCUCCCCCGAGAAACGCCUUCGGCGGCUUCUUCAAGAACCCGAUAUCGCCUGGCUCCGCCGGUUUCAGCGGCAGCCCCACCUCCUCCGGCGAGGGCAGCGUCGGCCGCAAUCGCAACAGAGGCGGCGGAAACGGAAGCGGAGGAGAGGCCGAUUUUCUUGAUGGGAUGAAGCGCGCUUGCGCGGCUGCCAAGCCCACGCUGAAGGUGGCGGUGGAGAAGGCGGAGGCGGCCGAAGGAAAGGAUAAGGCCGCCGCGAUUGUCUCCCACAGCGCCGCUAGCAACGUAGAACUUCUGAUUAUAGGCCGCAAGAGGAACGCUCUUUCCAAAUCAAUUUUAGCGUACAAUUCAAUGAAUAAGACUGUAUCGGACCGAUGUAGAAUUGCUAAAAUGUGUUGUUUUGGUAGGGCGAGAAGAGGUUUAUUGUUCAAAGGAUUGAUGGAGAUGGAGACGGCGGAGUAUGCGAUUGAGAAUAGCAAAUGCACGUGUGUCUCGGUACAAAGGAAGACUAAUGGAGGAUAUCUUCUCAAUAGUAAAAGACAUAAAAAUUUCUGGCUAUUGGCAUAAAAUACUCUUCUUCCAUUUCAAUUGUUUGUAAUAUACCUCUUCUGUAAACAGUCCAUUUGAUUUUGUAUAAUGUAAUUUGUAUUAUAUAUACAUACUCAUGUAUUUUCCGAA